AGCCAGAACAGUCCAAUUAAGAGUUUUUAUUUGAGCUAGGACACUGCUAUCAGGCAGCCUGGGUCCAAACUGACUGCAGCCCCAAGGGAAAGGGUAGAAGGGCUUUUAAACUUUGUACCAGCCCCCCGGGGGAGUGUGAGUCAUCCUGCUGAUCUGUUCCAGGUGUACUGGGUAUCUGAUCAGAGAGGGCUGAUUUUGUAGAAAGCUUGAGGGAGAGGAAAGGACUCAGUGAGGAUUCAACCGUUUCUAGCAGGGGGAAUCUAAUAGUCAGGUAUUUAGGUGGUGGCAUAUACCUUCUUUGUUCCAGCAUAGGUGGUAGCUUAGGUCCAUAUGCCAGUACGUUCUAACACCUUGGACUACUCCAGCACGCAUCUCCUUUAUCUCAUUUGAACAAACACUCCCUGUACCCUCCUCCCCUCCCCUCUUUCUCACUUUCCCUCCUCCCCAAGUACUUGUUCUUGGUGCUUUUGACCCAUGCAGUGUUUCACAAUUGCCCUACUUCUCAUCAUUAGUAAAUGUUUAGGACAUUUGGACUUUGGUGCACCUUUUUCCUUUGAAUCCUUACAAUGGCUAUAAUCUGUGCUACACUCCAGCCAGAGAGCCAUCUUAGAAUCUAUAGUAAUUUGCAAUGUUAACAUAUCAGUUUCGAAGAUUCACUGGCAUGUCCUCCACAUCCCUUUUCCCCCCUUACUUUAUUGUAUAUUCUUCAAGGAAGAAGUAACCAAAGAUCCAUAAUAUUCUUUUCUUCUUCUGACCUUCUAUUGUAGUUGUUUAUACCAUAUAACAUGUUUUUGCUAUUGAUUUGUCGUUCUAUUACCUUCUUAUGACAGCUUAUAUUUUAUGUAACAAUCAUAUUGCUUGACUUGAAACUAGGUGUAUGUCCUGCAGCUGCAACUAGCUUAUAUGCACCUAGAGAAGAGAGAUUGUGUCUAUUUACAUCUCCAGUGAUUCAGAUUGGUGCCGUAUAUAAUAGGGAUGGUAAUAUUUAUUACAUUACUGUCAGCUAUUUAUCUUAGUAAAGUGAUAGCCAUGUAUAAUUGAACACUGACUCGCUGGCCUUGAGAAAUGAAGCAGAUGAUUUCUGUGUUGGAUGCCUGGCACGCCUUCCCUCUCUUGGUUAUUGCCCUAGAGGUAGGUCUUCACUACCUGUACCAACAGAAAAGAGCUGAGGAUAAUCCCAAACUUUGAGUACUUCAGAAUACAUUUUCGUUUUUUUGUGUGGGGGUUGAAGAUGGAUUUGCCACCUGUGAAUUCACUUUGAAACACCAGUAGUCUCCUUCUAAAGAGUAACUCCAGAGCUGAGCAGUUGUCCAUGUCCUUAUGUGUCUCUACAUUAGGGCACUCAACAAACUGUGCCCUUCCCUGGGAACGGAAGGCUUCAGGGACUACUGCUCAGGCAGGGUUUCUCCUUCAGCUGUUGUUGGGACUGAGAAUCUACAACUCAAAAGGUUUUUUCUGAAAAAUGUGUUACAGAGAAAAUAGGAAUGCUUCUAGAAUAUAAAUGAAUAACAACAAUGAUGUGAAAUAGCAGUAAACUUGGAUUAAUAUUUUAUCAAAUAAAAAUAUGAACAAUUUAUAUAACUUAAUUGUGUUUUGGGGAAAUACAUGAACCUAGGGAUAUUGAUUUGUUUACUUUUCAUUUUUCAAUGUAUGUACUAUAAAUAUUUUGUUUCACCUUUGUUUCUAAUGAGAUUUGAGAUAGAUUUCCCAAUAAAGAUAAAAUGUAAAGAGUAUUAAUAAGUGAUAAUGAAUAAAAAAAACAGUUUGGUUCAUAUACCAUUGACCAGGUUGGGUCUGACUUUUGGAAUUUCAAACUAACUCUUCUUUUCUUUUUAGGUUGCCUCUUGGUGCUGCAUUGGCCGUAUUUGGCACCCAGAAUGCUUCAUUCUGUCAUGGUCUAUUAAUAAGUUUACCUUGCUAGAGUUUGGAGCAGGGGCUCAGAUUGGCCAAAAUGGGAAGGACUGGAUUCCGUUCUCUUCCACGAAGAGUCAGUGGGACUGGCUAAGGUCAAGGUCUGAGGCUUUUUCCAUCUGUCAUCAGUCCCUUUUUGCUUUCUUUUACGACCACAUGAAACUUGAGAAGCCACCUAAAGCUAAAUCAUUUAGUGGAGUUGGGCAGUUCCCAAGUGUCCAACAAGAAGGCCUGGUUUAGGCUGCGAUGGCCACUGUCAUUCCUGGUGAUUUGUCAGAAGUAAGAGAUACCCAGAAAGUCCCUUCAGGGAAACGUAAGCGUGGUGAAACCAAACCAAGAAAAAACUUUCCUUGCCAACUGUGUGACAAGGCCUUUAACAGUAUUGAGAAAUUAAAGGUUCACUCCUACUCUCACACAGGAGAGAGGCCCUACAAGUGCAUACAACAAGACUGCACCAAAGCCUUUGUUUCUAAGUACAAAUUACAAAGGCACAUGGCUACUCAUUCUCCUGAGAAAACUCACAAGUGUAAUUAUUGUGAGAAAAUGUUUCACCGAAAAGAUCACCUGAAGAAUCACCUACAUACACAUGACCCUAACAAAGAGACAUUUAAGUGUGAAGAGUGUGGCAAGAAUUACAACACCAAGCUUGGGUUCAAACGUCACUUGGCCUUGCAUGCUGCAACAAGUGGUGACCUCACUUGCAAGGUCUGUUUGCAGACUUUUGAAAGCACAGGAGUGCUGCUGGAGCACCUUAAAUCUCAUGCAGGCAAGUCAUCUGGUGGGAUUAAAGAGAAAAAGCACCAGUGCGAGCAUUGUGACCGCCGGUUCUACACCCGGAAAGACGUCCGUAGACACAUGGUGGUGCACACUGGAAGAAAGGACUUCCUCUGUCAGUACUGUGCACAGAGAUUUGGCCGAAAGGAUCACCUGACUCGACAUAUGAAGAAGAGUCACAAUCAAGAACUUCUAAAGGUCAAAACAGAACCAGUGGACUUUCUGGAUCCAUUUACCUGUAAUGUUUCUGUGCCUAUAAAAGAUGAGCUCCUUCCAGUGAUGUCCUUACCUUCCAGUGAACUGUUGUCAAAGCCAUUCACAAACACUUUGCAGUUAAACCUCUAUAACACUCCAUUUCAGUCCAUGCAGAGCUCCGGAUCUGCCCACCAAAUGAUCACAACUUUACCUUUGGGAAUGACGUGCCCAAUAGACAUGGAUGCUGUUCAUCCUUCUCACCACCUUUCCUUCAAAUACCCAUUCAGUUCUACCUCAUAUGCAAUUUCCAUUCCUGAAAAAGAACAGCCAUUAAAGGGAGAAAUUGAGAGUUAUCUGAUGGAGCUACAAGGGGGCGUGCCCUCUUCAUCCCAGGAUUCUCAAGCAUCGUCAUCUAAACUAGGGUUAGAUUCUCAGAUGGGGUCGCUUGAUGAUGGUGCAGGGGACCUCUCCCUGUCCAAAAGCUCUAUUUCUAUCAGUGACCCUCUAAACACACCAGCAUUGGAUUUUUCUCAGUUGUUUAAUUUCAUACCAUUAAAUGGUCCUCCCUAUAAUCCUAUAUCAGUGGGGAGCCUUGGAAUGAGCUAUUCCCAAGAAGAAGCACAUUCUUCUAUGUCUCAGCUCCCCUCACAGACACAGGAUCUUCAGGAUCCUGCAAACACUAUAAGUCUUGGGUCUCUUCACUCACUGUCAGCAGCUUUCACCAGUAGUUUAAGCACAAGCACCACCCUCCCACGUUUCCAUCAAGCUUUUCAGUAGGAUUCCAGGACAUGGAUUUAUUAUAGAAAUUUAUGUGUAGCCCUGCCUUAGAUGACUCUUUUUAUUUUAGUGCCUACUUUUAGACAGUAUAAAAGUUUCUGCUUUUGUAUAGUACCAAUAUUCAUUAAGCCAGUAUAAAAUAGAAACUAGCUUUGGAACCAUUUGUGUUCAGUUAUGUUUACCUGAGUAUUUUGUCCUAAUUCACUGCCAAUUGUCAUAUUUUAAGAUUAUUUUUCAUAUAGGAAAGCCAUUAUUAUUAGUAACGUCUUACAAAUCCCACAUUUGAAUUACUUUUUGAUCUUAGACUUUUUAUUCUUUCCAUUACUAAUGGCUCUACCUUUUGACAUUUGGCUUAUUUAAAAAAUUGCAAUAUAAUGUAAAUUUUCUAAAAUGUGAAUAUGUAUAACCCAAGAGAUUUUUAAAUUUUUACUAGCCUCUAAGUGGAUUCAUAAUCAUAUAUUUCAAGUGAAUUAAGAGUCCAUUGUGGGAAGAUAACAGAUGCUUCUUAGAUAUACAGUAACUUCAGGUCAGUAUAUUUUGAAGACUUGCUGUUGUCUGGCUCAAAUAGUUCCUGUCUCUGUUGUGCACAUACAAGGAAAACAAAACCUAAACACAAAGCACCAGUGUUUUGGCAAAAAGAGACUCCUAGUAAGGUGAUAUGGUAUAGUAUUUCAUGUUACUCAAUACUUGGCCUUAAAUUAGUACACAGGAUAUUUUGCCACAUUUCAAACUUUUUAACUUGCUUUCUUUGCAUUUAAUAAUACUUCAGAGUCAGUUCAUAGGUAGCUCUCUCUAAUAUUUUCCACCUUUCAAGGCCAAAGGGUGGGUCACAUGCAGCCAGCAAUUUUAUUUUUAUUGUUAGUCCAUCGUGGAACACAGGUGUUAGGUGUAUCCACCCCAGAAUGAACUCUCUCAUCUUAGAUGGUUUAUUAAACACCCUAAACUGGAAGAUAUGAAGCAUACCUUUCAAUCUGGGGACUUGUCUAGGGGUCAUGCCCCUUGUUGCCAGAGUUGGAAACUAGACUAUAGAGAAGUAAAGUAAAGCCUGUUGCUUAUAUCACUUGUAGCUAAAUUUGAUAACAUUUUCUUUCCCAUAAGAGCCAGUAGCAGAAAACAACAGUUUAGCUCCUUAAUAUCUUUCUCAUUCAGUGUUAAUUUGUCUUUCCUUGCUAUUUUCAAAUGGAGGAUUUAAAGUGAAAUGCAGUAGAAAACUAUUUGAGGAAUGACCACAAAGAUUUAAGCAACUAAAAAUAUAUACAGUAAAACCCACUUUUACUUGUCUCUGGGAAAUGCGGGGAAUGUUGCAAAUCAGUAAGUUGAAUUUGUAGAGGGAGAAAAAGUAAAGUAAAACAAUCACUAUCUAAAUAUGAAAAUAAUCAAGAACAUUCUGUUCACUGAAUAAAGUAGUUGUGGGUUUUCCUCAUAUUAGAUAACCACCAUAAUCUUGUGAAAUGUCAAAUUAUCAUAUUUUUCUAAUUAUCAGUAGGGACAUCAAACUAAAAGACCAUACCUAUUAAGCACUUGUUAACACCUUAUUUGGGAGCCUCUCUGUUGGGGCAGGUGUAGGGGUGGGGGGGUGAGGGGACUAUAGAAGAGUAUAUAUCUCUUUAAAAAGAAAAAGAAAAAAUUGUUGAGCACUCAGCCCUAUAUGGAAGCUUUUUUCCCCUUUUAUAGGGCCAAUUAUUACUGCAGAUUGCAAUGUUUACCAAGAAUUUCUAAAAAAUGAGUGCAGAUUACUGAAUAUAAUGCAUUAUUUAAAAUAUUUGGAAGUAUAAUUUGUGGAGGAAUGUAAAUUGUAAUAAUGUAAAUGGGGGUUUCACUCUAUAUAUUAUAUCUAUACACACACACACAUAUAUCGCACUUCAUAGAAUCAAAGUUGCUCUCUUAAGGAACUUUGGCUCCUGAUAUUUUAUCAUGCUCCUAUUUUUUUUAAUCCUAGGAGCAGUAGUUUUUAUACUUAUAUUUAAAUUUUAUUAUUAAAAAUUACAUUUUAUAAAAGUGUUCCAAAGGCAUUAAAAUUAUAUAUGUUAAUAAGGAAAUGCAUUUUAAAAUUUUCAAACUGCUCCUAAGCUUUUGAUUAGGAGAAUAUUGCUCUGAAAGUAGGCUUUUAGCUCUGCUUUAUUACUGCUUCCUUUAGUUUCUAUGAAACAGAUUGCUUACCGAAAUCAUUAGUUGAAUGAUUAGUGUUCAAUAUUGCUUUAAUGACCAUUUUUAAAAAUGGAAAAAAGAAAUUUGGUGACAGAGCACAAAUAAAUAGAAAACCUAUUUUUAAGUAGAAAUCACAAAUGCAAGGGUGGAAACACUACUUAUAAAAAAUGUGCAAAAGGAGAAGUCAAAUUAAUGAACUGAGUCAGCCUUACUAGGGCUGUAUUUCACUGCUAAUAAAAAAGGGAGUACCAGGAUUUAUUAAAUAAAGCAUUUUAGAAAUGGAGAAUGGCGCCAUAUAUGUAUAUAUUUUUUUAUCCUAAUUCUCGCCCUGCAUGGAAUUCAGAUACAUGGAGGCACAUCUUUCAGGGCACCAGUGUUAAAAUUGUAGAGUCUUGAUUUUCAUACAUACAUCACUUUGCCUGUUGCUGGCCCACCGACUUAAAAUAACAUAUCCAAGUGAGAGGGAAUUGAGCUAAUUUGUUUUUAAAUUGACUGUAGUGGUCACUAAAACCUUUUGGAGAGAAUUUCUGUUAAAGAUGAGGCAGACUCAUUUGUUUUCAUUUCACAAUGGUUUAACAAGUAUAUAACAGAAUUGGCUCCUUUUAUUUCCUAUAAAAAAUUUGACAUCUGUUUUUAGGUCAACUGGAUAUGAUUAAAAAUAAUUACUGCCAAUGCUGUUUUUGUUCUCCAGUGGCCAGAAUCAUCAUCCUUAAAAUUUCUAGUGCCUUUGCUUGGUAAAAAUACUACUAAUAAUAAAAAUUAAAAUAUAUUUAAAGGUAUUAUCAUUAAGUAAAAAUAUUUCAGUUUAGAAUUUGGACCUCAGACAAGAUAUUGAACCUCAUUCAGUUUGAACUUCUGCGUGUGUGCAUAAAUUUGGUCACCAGACACGGAAACAUGACUGUGGAACGAUCUUGGCACAGUAAGCAAUUAAUAUCCACUUCUAUAUGCAAGUAUCAUCUUUGUAUUUAGUUAUUGGUCACUUAAAAUUUGCAUUUUUAAAUCCUAUCACCAAAUUCAGUUUUUCAAAACUUCAAUUGUCCUGGCUGAUCAUGCACCACUCUUUGUGCAACUGUUAUAUUUCAUUUAGUGUUUCUUCCAAACUAUGUAUUUUUGCCUAUUUGUUGCUUGUGCUUUAUUAUUCUUAGUCAUUUGUGGAAUAUAGUGAUACAUUGUGUUAAUUUGGACAGUAGCGGUUUUUAAAAACCAUAUACUGACUGAAACAUGAGCCAGAGCUGACUGCUUUAUUAAGCUAAUAUUGAAUGUUAAAGAGUACAUAUUUUCAGGAUCAUUUAUCUAGUAAGCAAUACACAUAUAUAGGCCAAUAUUUUUUUUAAAAAAAUAGAGCUUGGUCAACCUCUAUACUACACAUAUUACAAGAUAUAGCACUUUCAAACAAUCUAAACCUUUACAGAAACUUAUAGGUUAUGCCUUUUAUUUUAAGACUUAUUAUGAUUUGUUUCAAGUGCCAUUAGAUUAUAUAUAUAUAGGCCUUUGAUAUAUAAUGCUUUGUGUUCAAAAAUGGUAGACGAUAUUUUAAAAAGGUACAUUUUUACAGUGUUUCUUAUCAAUUUGCUAUAUUGCACAGAAUCAGUGUGUGUCUUUUCAUAAGGUUUUACAAUGGUUUAUUUUUUACAAGGUUUACGUGUCUCAAAACACACUGUCUUCCUAGUAUGUAAAUUUAAAAAUACCAGUUCACCCAAGUUGCUUCUAGCCUAUUGAGAUCCAUGUGGCAUUGGAGGAGAUCUUUUAAACAUUGAGUAUUCUUCAUUAGUAAUGGCAAACUGUUAUCUCUGACAAAUGAGUGGCUAAGUUGACUUUGUCUUAUUUUUCUCACUGUGUCAGCAGUCACAUUGACAACACAGAUAGUUUGUACGAUUACAUAGAUUCACAUGAGUGUUAUUGUGUAGUCUUGUGCUAAACACCUUUAAGAACUCCUUUUUGAUCAUAUAAAACAAGAUGCUACUGCCAACCAAAAGGCACGCUUAGAUCACCCUUAUCCCCUCCCACAACAUUAUCAACCCUCUGAGGAUGGAAGGCAGUGUCUUUUGAUAAAGUUAUCUAGCUCUAGAAAUGACAGAACUAUUGCUAAUGUAUAAAACACUUCAUUAUAUAAGCUUCAGUGGUACAGAUGAACCAGAAUGAAUGUUUAUCUUCUCAGAAACACUCCUUCAGUUUUAUGUUGGAUCAUGCUGCUAAUGUAACUUGGGAUACAACUCUUCAUGGUGCUACAAACGUCUCUGUCUCAUUCACUCGAACUUUUUUUUUUAUCCAUAGGAAUAAAGGACUUCAUUAGGUGUAAAGGUGUACGAUAUAUUUUUAUACUGACUUAAUUUGUCAUUAACAAACUUUUACACCACCCACCGCAAUGUAUUCAUGUGCACUUGCAAAAGGAAAUCUUGGACAUGCAAAUGUUACCAGAACAAACCCAGCUUUUGUCUACAAGGUGACUGUAACUCAAAAAGAAAAGUGGGCGUUAUAAUAUAGUGUAGAGUGAAGAAUGUGCUGUAUGUUACUAAUGGCCCUUUGAAUUUAACAAAAACUGGGAAUCCAUUAGGAAAUGGAUUGCAUCGUGCCUGAACGUAAGCUGGACUGCUGAAAUUGUACUUUAAGCUAAUGAAAAAGUGUUUGGACUAGAAUUCUAAAAAUUUUCUACUUAAUGAUAAAGUUUUGAGUCAAAACAGAAAAGAAAAAAAUCUGCAUUCCAGGCUGAAUUUUGUAUAUUUUUAUUGCAUUUAAAAUCGCUAUUCUGUGAUAUUGGGAAUUCAAGUGGCUUAUCAUGUAUAUCAUGUACUUAAAAUGUAUCCACAAACUACUGUUGUAUUUGUAUAAAAUAUAGACAAAGAUCAUACUUUUUGUGUGUGUAUAAGCUCUGUAAAAUAGCAGUCACAUUAUGAAGCUGCAGUGAUACUACAUUUUAAACAUCCACAUCCAAAGAAGCAGGCUAUUUAUUUGUCCAGUUGACCAGAUAUAAAAUAUAAAUUUGCUGCUAAUUAAACAAUAGUACUGCAGCUUCUUGUGGCCUACAGUGUUAUAUUUGCUGUAAGAAAAAGAUAUGUGAACUCCACAAAAUAUAUGAAUAAAAUUAUAGAAUGGCUUUAGA